AUGGAGACUGACAAAGACUUCCAGCUAAGACUACUUGGAUAUGUACCUCUGGCGUAUGCCAUCUUCUUCCUCCUACGCAGCAUCUACCGCCUAUACCUACAUCCACUGGCCAGGUACCCCGGACCUCGCUUAGCAGCCGCAACACUAUGGUACCAAGUCUAUUUCGAAGUCUUUCUCGUCGGCCGCUUCAGUCAACAGCUCGACCGCCUCCACGAUCAAUACGGGCCCAUCGUCCGCAUCGGCCCCAAUGAGGUCCACAUCAAAGACCCCGAGUUCUUCGACCAACUCUUCAACUUCAGCCCUGACUUCAACAAACCGUGGGCCGCACCUGACGACAUAGCCCGCACACAAUCCUUCGACUUACACAAAGUCCGACGCAAGGCACUCGAACCCUAUUUCUCAAAGAAAGCUGUACUCAACCUCGAAAGCACGAUCCGGGAGGAUGCCGAAGAGCUGUGCCAGAGACUGCUCGAAGCUAGGUCGGCGCAGAAGCCAGCUAGCAUAACACUGCUGGCCAGGUGUUUCACAGCGGAGAUUAUGAGUGAGUAUAUCUUCGGAAGGCCGUAUGGGUUCCUUGCGGAUCCCAGGGUAAGUGAGCAGUUCUUUGCUGCGCAGAACAGUAUUUUUCAACAUGUGUAUGUGUGGCAAAACAGUCGGAUAUGUAAACUCAUCCUCGAGAGCUUGGCUCUGAUCCCUCAAUCGUGGUUGCCAGAGGGGCAUGAGAUGAGAGUGCUCGGUGCCUUCACCAGCAGUAUCGAAGAACGCAUCAAAGCAGCCAAAAAGGUCGGACGGAAAGACACAGCCAGCCACGCCAAAGGCGUGCUGUUGGAGGAUUAUGCGUCGUUGCCGUUACCAGCGAGCGAUCAAAGACCAAGGACAGUGUUUGACAUGGCGCUAGUGCUCUUCACUGCAGGAUUCGAGACCACGGCGUAUACCUUCGAGACAGCGGUGUACCAUACUCUGGCCAACACCAACGUACAUGAGCGUCUACUGGCAGAACUCUCAAACGCAUGUCCGAACGCUCAGGAUAUGCCAACCUGGCUGGAGCUGGAGAAGCUGCCCUACCUUUCAGCCGUAAUCUCGGAGAGCUUGCGACUUUCGAUCGGCCAAAUGCUGAGGAUAAGCAGGCGAAACAUGAAAGAGGAUAUGACCUACAAGCAAUGGGUCAUCCCAAAGGGCACCAUUAUCGGCAUGUCUACCAGACACAUCCACUAUGAUAAAGGCAUAUUCCCAGAUCCAGAUCGCUUCGAUCCAGAGAGAUGGCUCAAAGGAGAAGAGUCGAAGCAUUUACACAAGUAUCUGGUAUCAUUCUCGAAGGGAGCUAGAAGGUGCAUGGGGAUGAACGUGGCAUAUGCGGAGCUCUAUAUCGCCAUUGCCACACUCUUCAGGAGGUUUCAAUUCGAGCUGUAUGAGACGACGCGAAAGGAUAUUGAUCCGGUCUUGGACUUUUUGAUACCGCUGCCGGAGAAGGGAAGCAACGGUGUUAGGGUUCUGGUCAAGUAG